AUGUGGGUAUCGGGCAUUGCGUUGUGCACGGUAGGCAAUAUGAGUCGCGGCUCGUUCAACUGUCAGCGGGUUGGGGUCCUGCUCAGCGCUGGCAGUUUCUCGCCCCCGACACUGAUGCACCUGCUCUCUCUCGAGCAAGCUCGCGAGUACGUUGAAAAUACUUUGCAUCAUCCAGUUUGGAAAGGGUUUCUCUCACCAGUGCACGACGCUUAUCAGAAACCUGGUCUGGUGGCGGCGAAACACCGGCUACAGAUGUGUGCGCUCGCUGUGAAAGACUCGGACUGGGUCCAAGUCGAUGCCUGGGAAGCCCAGCAACCCUGCUACUCUCCGACGUUUCAGGUUGUGCAGAGCCUGCGAGAACGUUUGGAGGCCCAGCGACGCCUGCCUGACCCUGGUCCGAGUGUUUUCCUUGUUUGUGGUGCUGAUCUCGUUGCCUCGAUGAACAAUCCCAGUAUCUGGCCUGUUGAGCACUUGCAGAAACUAUUCGCGCUCUGUGAGGUGGUGGCGCUUCCACGCCCUGCUCUCGAUGCAACUGACGAAGAAGCACUAGAACGGGUCCUAAGACAAUAUCCUGCUGCAAUCCAUUACUGGAAAGACGCACCCGUCCAGUGCAAUAUCUCAUCGACGCUGGUACGCGAACGCGUCGCACAUGGGCGCUCGAUACGCUACCUCACGCCCCGUGCCGUGGAGAACUACAUCUGGGAGCACGGAUUAUAUAGACAAACAAACCCUAGUAUUGAAUCCGCCCAAUAA